AUGGAAUCUUCCGACCGGCUAGGGGGUGUCCCCCACAAACUUCGUGGCCAACUUCUGGAAGCGCUCCUCUUCGCCCUUACUGUCGCCAAAUCUCCUCAGCACUACCUUGACCUUGGCUGGGCAGCUUCACGCAAAUAUUUCUUCUCUGUCAUUCUAAUCUCCCUCGUGUUGUCCAAAUGCUUCCAUAUCUUCAUCCAUCUGAAGUCACUGACACUUCCAUCCCUUCUCUGGGGCCCCACCUUCUUCCUGGUGGAUAUACUAUUGAUCCUGGUCGCGUGCGGCCUGACCCGAUCGUUUGAAUGGCGGACUACUCGGGACAUAGCGGCCGUGGUCACUGUAUUGUUUAGUCUCGGUGUUUCUGGAAUGACCGCCGCCAAUAUCUCUUUUUACGUCCAAACGGGCCUGGAGAUCUACUGGCGGAGAUCGAAAACAUUCCAUAAGGAUGUGUCGGCCAAGACAGUCCUAUCAGGAUUAUUUGUCGCAUUCGUUGUAGAGGUAUUGAUUAUGGUCGGUGCAUACUUUGCUACGCCGUAUCUAUUCCGUGCGACAAAUGCGUUCCUGGAGAUUUGGGCUUCAGUCUUUUCCGCCACGUUCAGUCGCUGCCGUCGCAAGAAGCCCUUGCCAGACCCAGAGAUCUACGAGGAGAUCGCCAUCGAUGACUACGAUGACAGUGACAGCGAUUCCGUAGCCCUGCUGGAUACACCCCGAGUCCCGCUCGUGCAGAAGACGCAUUCGCUGUUGAAGCGUGUCAUCGUGAUCCUUGGCAGUUCCGUCAUCAUUCUGCUUUGUCUUGUUCGUCCACAGGAUACGGCCUACACGUUUCUCUCGGAGUCCCUACCUUUCGCACCAUUUGGCGGCCCCAAAUACCGGCCUGCUCAUGUAACUGCUGCGUCGCUACGGGGUUACUUUCCUUUGUUGAAAGAGCACUCCGCUCUGGAUUAUUUCCCGAAAUUUGACUGGUUGCCUGUGGACGAGUCGACAGGUGAAUUCCCUGAUUGGUCGCCAUUCCGCUAUCUUAAUUUCAACAGGACUAUCCAGGAAUCGAAGUAUGCACACUAUAACCCGUUGAAAGACCCGUUGCACACCCCGAACCUCCAAAACAACAUUUUGGAGCCUCUUCGUGAAGCGCUUCACGACGGAAGUGUGAAGAUUAAGCAUGUUAUUCUCGUCAAGUUGGAAAGCACUCGCCAGGAUAUCUGGCCCUUCCGCUCUGACUCUUACAUCAUGGACCGCAUCAAUGAGUCUUACAAAAAUGGCAGUAUCCCCGAGAACGUCCUAGCCAGACUUUCCAACCUCACCCCCACCGCGGAGAGGUUAACCGGAUUUGAAACUGGAUUCCGCAAGGAUACAGAGCGUCCAAAGCCAUACGGUGGUAUCAGUGCGAGCAAAGCUUAUACAUCCGGUACCUAUACCUUGAAGAGUAUCACUGGCACUGUUUGUGGUGCCAACCCCAUGGCUGUCGAAAACCAGCUCGAGUACAUGCACGAUAUCUAUCAACCUUGCUUGCCGCACAUCUUCGAAGCAUUGAACCACCAGCCGAACACCACCAGCCAGGGAGAUGGUUGGACUUCCUGGCCUUGGCACACUCAGUGGAUGCAAUCGCACUACGGCACCUGGGACAAGCAGGAGCUCCUCACUCCUCAUCUAGGGUACAAGCAUAUCAUGACAAGGGAGUCAAUCAACGAUGCUGGGAGGAAGUACAUCCCAGAAGAGAACGAAGAAGAAGAACAUCACGGCCAUGAGGACAAGUUACUGAAGAAUUACAUUCGGGAUUUGUUUGCCGAUGCCAAAAAGAACAACACUCGCCUCUUCCUCAGCCAUCUGACCCACAAUACCCAUACUCCUUAUUUCAUCCCAGGUGAAUAUCAGGAAAUGAUGGGGCAUGCGAAUUCUGGACUCAACGAAAAGUUGAACAGACACCUUAAUACCAUGCACUACCAAGAUCAGUGGAUUUCCGAGAUCCUGGAGAUUCUCGAAGAAGCCGGCGUCGCAGACGAGACCCUUCUCGUCAUGGCUGGUGACCACGGUCUAUCACUCCCGAAUGACGGCGGUAUCACAGCCUUCCAUGACCCGCACGUUUCCAGUUUCCAUGUACCUCUGUUCUUCUCCCACCCCAAGAUACCUCAAAUCGAAGUCGACAGCCCCGUUCUCUCAACGCAAAUCCUUCCCACCCUCUUGGAUCUCCUUAUCGAGACCUCCUCAAUGGAUGAACAGUCCACAAAAAUCCUGAACGACCUACUGCCAUUGUACGAGGGCCAGUCAAUGCUACGCCCCCUCAUCACCGAGCAAGAUGGCAAGCAAGAAUGGCAUUUCUCCACCAUGAACCCCGGAGGAACAUGGGUUUCCAUGCGAUCCGCCGCGAAGCCGUACCGUCUCGUCGUGCCCCUUGUGGCCGACGCCCCGUGGCGAUUCACCAACGUCGUCGAAGACCCACUUGAGCUGUCCCCUGAGGAAGACCUUGAUGUCGUCACUCUAAUUGAUGUCGUGCAGAAUACCGCUGGCGUCGAUGCCGCCAGGUGGCUGAGUGAGGCUGCCCAUGUGGCUCAGUGGUGGAUUCUGGAGAACAGACGCCGCUGGAAAUAUGAUCCUGAGAACCCAGAAUUCUCUAACGGGUUGAUUGUUUGA